CCGCGAGCUCAGGGAGGACCUGUGGGGCGACUCGGUCGAUGACUAUAUGCGUACAUGCUACAUGCUACUCGGUCGGUCGCAGAGCGUGCGAACGAUGCAAGUGUAUCGCGAGCACCGCCACGCCAUCCGAAUCUCGACGCAACCACAACUUAACAAAAGGAGAGGAUGAGCAGCAGAAGCAGUACUGACAAGAUUAGCGCCGACAGCAUCCGGCCAGGUGAACCAAUCAUCAUGUCGUCUCUGUUUCACAGAGCUUCGUUGGCGGCCACGUCUCUCACGCUUGCAUGUUGCGUGAUCCUCGUCUACCUCCUCUUUAGUACCAGAGCCUCGCGUCGCUCGUGGCUCUUCUGGCUUCACUGCUUCUCCUUCACCCUCGUAAUUGCUUUCUCCGUCGUCCAGCUCAGGCACAUCGACCAUCGUAUCAAGCUCUACUAUGUGCCAGACGACCAACAGGAGAAAGUCCGAUACGCCCAGCUCGACCUGGCAUUCGAAUUGCUCGUCAUCGCUACGCCACUCGUUGCGGACGGCACCCUAUUCUGUAAGAUCGCUGUUCUGUACCCCCUCAGGCAAAAUCGAACAUCCUGGAUCAUCCUCUCAACCUACCUCGUCCUUCUCGCCGUUCGCCUCGCAGACGUCCUUCUCUUUAUCUUCUUCGCUGUCAAUGUACAGCAAGGCAGACGCCCGUUCGCUCUCGGUCAAGUAAACUACUUCGUCCCGCUCGUCAUAGACUGUAGCGCCCAGCUCGUCACAUGCGCCUUUGCUGCUUUCCUCUUCCUUCAUCGAUGCAUCACCAAGAAUAGUGGCCAUAAUAGCCUGGGUAUGAUACUCGAAGCUGCGUUCAUGAGCUUUGUUCCACCAGUCCUGAUCCAGCUUGCGUUCUUUGCCGUCGUCACGGUUCGCUCGGGGUCGACUUCGAUCGCGGCCAUCAGCACGCCAUUGAGUGAUUUGCUCGUAGCAGACACACUGACGAACUGCAAGGUGUCGAACGUGCUGGUUUCGAUGCUCUUUGCCCUUUUGGCCACCUCGUGGUCCACUAUUCGUGUUCCUCCAUCUUUACCUCCUCCCUCCUCGCCCUCGUUUCCUUUGUCUCAAGGUCCUCCUUCCACAUCUGUACUCAGCAUCGGCCAUGAGGCUCAGGAAAGGAAACGCGCCCAGGAGGACCAUGGCGAUACCAUCCUUAUUCGGUCUAUCUUGAGGCCGGAUACGAGGAAUCUGAACAUCGAAGACGAGGAAGAAGAGGCGCAAGAAGUCAUUCUCUCUGUGCCGCGAAUCCACGAGCAGCAUGACGAAGAGGAUCAGCAGCGGACGUCGCGAUGGAUCUAAUGCGAAGAUGGCUCGAGCUAGGAAUAAUAGUAGCAACUCUGUUUGAG